AAUAAGUUUAUUAAAAAGAAGUGUACCCUGAAUUUUUCAUUGCAGAAUUCCUUUCUUGUCAAAUGUGUUGCAGACUCUAAUUCUCUCUGGGCAUCCAUCAAUCCUAACAGUGAUCACAACAUUGGGGAGUGGUCACAGUUUUGCUGUGACCAGUACACACUAAUGCAAAAUUCAUUUCCUUUCCACUUUAAUAUCAGUGGCUUGCAGUUAUUUGACAUGACCCAGCAAAAGUUCAUGGAUGCUGCAGGCAUUUGUGGCAAAUACUUGUAUUUAAUCUUAUUUAAUCUAAAAUAGCAGGCCUGCAUUUUCUACAUCUAUUAUGAGAAUCAAAGAAUCACAGACUGGUUAGGGUUGAAUGGGACCUUACAGAUCAACCCUUUCCCCCCCACYCCCCGCCAUGGGCAGGGAUGCCAUUCACUAGAUCAGGUUGCUCAGAGCCCCAGAACUUUGGCAUACAUAAGAAAACAUCUACUAAAUAGCUGUAUUCUUCAUGUUUCAGACCUACCGAAUUCUCAUUUGUGGGGAUUUGUGAGGGAUCUGCUCCUUUCUUCUGAAGAAAGUGKCAUUCUGAAGUGGGAAGACAGGGGACAAGGCAUUUUUCAUGUUAAAUCAGAAGCACUGGCMAGUAUGUGGGGACAGAAGAAAAAUGACAGAAUGGCAUACAAAAAAUUGAGCAGAGCUCUCCGUUUCUGUUUAAAAACUGGYAUUUUGGAAUGAGUGGACAGAAGGCUGGUAUUGAAGUUUGGAAAGCAUGCCCAUGGGUAACAGAACAAGAUGUGAACUGCCUCGUGCUUCCUUCUCAGCACGAAAAGUGCUGUAGCCUGAAUUACAGCUGGAAUGGUCCUUGAGGGGGAGAUUUUCUGCUCUCUCUUUCCCCUCUGCCAGUCUGGUUGAAUUCAGUCAGCUUCAAGAGAAUGACAAUUGCAACAAAAGCAGCACUUGAAUUUUGGAAUUGUCUUCUUCAUAAUUUCUGCCAAGCAUUAUCUCCUCAUACGCCUUUAUUGCUUCUCAACAGAUUAGGAUUAAUGUUGAUAUUUAAAAGCUCCCUGCCUCUCUCUGUCUUAGCCAGUAUUUCCACUGCAAAAUUCUCCCCAUUUCACUGCCUUUCAAAAUCAACAGUUUAGCUAUAUUUCCCUGUUAGGUUCCUAUAUUUUGGAAUAAUGCAGAAUUCUUUCAUUUCAUAAGAAMAACACUUUUCUGAUUCAUUGUACCCUAAAUCAUUGCAUUUCUCAGAUAUGUUAGAAUUCAGUAUGUUGUCCAAAAUUAACAAUUCAGUCCUCUUUAUUUGUUUGGAUCGAAUAUGUCCAGUCAACCAAGUUAAGAAAUCAAGAAGAACCUAUUCGCAAGCAGCUACCUUCCUUGCCUAUUAAUCUCAUCUAUGCAAAUUUAUUAAUCCAUAUAUACUUGGUAUAUUUAGCUUUUUGAGCCAAAAAAACCUUCACUGCAAUUAUUUACCAGUCAUCUUUGUGCUGUAUUGGGGAGUUGCAAUUGCUCAUAUACCAAUUCUGUUAUAUUACAGAAUUAAUACAAUUUUUAUUACAAAGAAUUUUCAGGGAAAAAUAUUCACUUCACUGAAAUCCAAGUUCACUUUCUACAACUUCUCAUUAAUCUAAGUUUGAAUUUUCUUCUGCUAACACUUGCGAAGGUGAAUUCAAGUAACAUUUGCAUUUGGAAGAAGCAGUUCUGGAAAGKGUAUAAGCAUUUGCUGAAGAAGAUUAAUUUUGAAAUGCAAAUUAUUAUUUGUGGYAAAGUUUCUCUAGAACUUUUGCCCACAUCUAUACAACCAUGGUUUUAAUYCUUCAAAGCAGUCUAUGACAUACAGUUUUACACCUCCCUGUAGCAAUUAAUGUGCAGUAAGUGCUCUYAGCUUCUCUUUACCUGAACUUCACAAUAAGUAAAUUGGUUAGAAUGAAAAACGAUAUAUGAAAAUUGAAUUGUGUUUUGUGAAAGCAUCACAGCUUUUUAGCAGGCUUUAUGGACACUGUUUUUUACAGGCUACAAAUUACASCAACAACUGUAAAUCCAUCAACAAUUUCAGGCUAACCACAAGUGCCUUUCACCGUUUGUGGUCUUGUUUACAGUGUACAUCGUUGCAGCACAUUAUUCCACAUAAGAUCAACUCAUUGUUGAGUUCAUUUGUUCUUUUAGCCCUAAAAGUCUCAAUCUUGAAAAUCAGGAGACUGCGGCCAUGCCUGCAAUGGGAAUUGUGUUUUACAGAAAGCAUUUGGUUUAAGAACUGGAAUUGCCAAAUUGAGUGCUGCUGCAAUAUUUCAGAUUGGUGCCAUCCUACACAGGGAUAGUGGGCAAUGGCCAGUGGCUCUGACUGUACACCUGCAUCACGUCCUGGCUUCAUCUCUACCCACCAAAURUUACAAAACUCAGAGAAGUAAGGGGAUGUGGAGAGCAAGAGGUAGAGAGAAUGGGGGGAAGGGAGAAAUGACACUAUAAUGUGUUUAUCUCUUACCUUUUGUAUCCCUUUGUGUGUGGAUUUGGGAACCAGGUGCCAUCCUGURUACCCCAUGGUUCUCCGAGUGCUUUUCUUCACAGCCCCCUUUUGYUCCCUUUUUUUCCCUCAGAUUGCUUUCUGUGCAGAUCUAGAACCAGCAACAGCUCUCUGUCCUGGAACCUUUUCUGUGGGAGCAGUCACUGUGCAUUUUCCAUUUUGGAGCUGCGUUUGGGUUGAUUUGGUGCCAGGGUACUUUUAGUUUGAUAGGCAAGUGCAUCGCCCCAUCUAGUGGUGCUGUGGAAUAGGGACAGCAGGAAUGYAAAUGCUGGCAAGAUCUGUCUGUCCUGACAAAUUUUAUAUGAUUCCAGUGCUCAGGCAUUAUUAGUUUUAGAGCUGGGGUG